AUGACUCUAGUCGUCCUGAGCGAAACCUUAAGCUACCUCCGCUUCAGUUGCAUCUGGCCCAAAGAAGGCCACGAGCUAAACCCAGGAAAAUGGUUCUACAUCAGGUUCAUAUUAAUGCUCACCUCUCAGUCGAUCAUUCUCUUUGGAAGCUCCGCCCACUUGGUCGUCUCCAUCCAAAACGACUCCAACAACAUCUUCGAAGACCUAGUUAUCCUAAUCGGAGAAGUUGGCGUUUUCUACUUCAACGCGUCAUUCGUCCGCUACGAAGAACCAAUCGCGAAAAUUUUCACGCACCUUUCUAAUUUUGAAAAAUUCGGGACACCCCCUAAUUUUGAACAACGCAACAAGAAAUUGGUGUUUUGGUCGAGAAUGUACAAAACAUUAAUCGACAUUAUCAUGUUUAACCUGUGUCUUGAGGCUUUAUUCAGGGUAAAAUCGUGCGAAAGGGAAAACUUGACGAGGAAGUUUAAGGAAAUUUGUGGAUUGGUGGUGACGACUUGGGUGCCUUUCAACAUCGACGUGUUUCCACUUAAACAAAUUCUUUACUUAUGGCAGUGUUACACGAUUGUGUUUACGAUGAAAGGGGCGGCGAUUGUUUCGUUUGGACUUAUGGAAUCAAUGGAGCACUUGGUGGUGAGAAUACAACAUUUGAAAGAGUUGUUGUUGGAGACGGUGGACACUGAAAACGAGAAAUUGAGGAACGAAAUGUUAGGGAAAUGUGUUGAAUAUCACAUUGAUAUUUUUGAGUACUGGAUUGGGCAACAGAUGGAUAAGAAUUUCGAUAGCUGUUUAUUUGCACACGUGUUGGUUUCGGGGGCCUUUUUUGGAUGUGUAGGUUAUACAAUAAUGGAGAGUUUUUCGUUAUUGUCGUGUUCGCUAUUUGUGGGUUGGGUGCUUUCCCUCGUCAUCGUUUCAAUUAGUGGUCAACAUUUAAUGGACGAGGGAUUUUCAGUUGGCGACAUCGCUUAUGAUAGCAACUGGUAUGACAGAAAUGCUUCUUUCCAAAAAAACAUUGUUCUGAUUAUAACUAGAUCGCAAAAACCCAUUCUCAUUCAUGCUGGCCCUUUUAGUCACCUUGCACACGUCCUGGUGUUGACUAUUUUUAAAACAGCGUACACCUACAUGACAAUGUUGAAUGCAACUUCUAAGUAA